AUGGCGAAUUCGACGUUGACCAGAGUUUCAUCAGACUGGUGUUGCCAUUUGCUUGGCAAUGACACGUUAGUGCUAUUUUUGCCGUUCGAUCUUUCCACGUGGAAUCUAUCAAAGGGAGCGUUUGUUUCGUUGCUGGAGUAUUGCGAAGAUAAUUUACCAGUCAAACGUAUCCUGCUUUGUCUCGACAAAAAUAGCAUUGAUGAAACGACCGCAUCCUGUUUCAAGUAUAUUGGCUUCUGUUUCCUUCAUCCGGACAGCUAUCCGCGCAACAUUGAUCCACAGAAAGUGUUCGCCAUGGUCUACACCAUCUAG